AAAUUUUCCUACUCUUAAAUAUUACACGCAUAAAUAGAUAUGGAGGAGAUUCGCCGGACUGCUGAAGCUUAUUAUGAAAAUCUGCCCGAGGAGAAGAAGCAAUAUGCCAGAUUUAUUUUCAAUGAAAUGGACAGAAACAGAGACGGGCGAAUUAACCUGUAUGAAUACGAGGAGUAUCUCAAGAAAGAUAACAACACAGUUUUUACUCAUCCAAGCAUGUUUAGAGCGCUGGACAGGGACGGCGAUGGAAGCUUGGAUUUUGAGGAAACAAUCAGCUUGUACUACAUCAUGCAGAGUGGAAGAGCUCUAUUUUGCAAGUGUUGUGAUACGUUCUUGGCAGACGUAUACUUCAGCUGCUUUCAAUGUUUCUGUCUUGAUGAGUCAGCUAGCACAUAUGAUCUUUGUUGUGAUUGUUAUGGUGGAAAAAGGUUCACUCACCACGAUGAUGCCAUCUUCUGGGAUAACUAUACUUUACUAAGUCAAAGCAGGAGCUUGGCACUUGAAGCUCCCGUACAGAAACGAAGAAAUGUGCUUGAAAAAAUUGUUACAGGCAUGGUUGUUGGUGGUGCUUGUCUUGUGAUGGUCACUACAAUUAGCGUAGAAAAUGGCCUUGUUGUGCACAGAAAAGGUAGCUGGUGGAAAGGCAAAGAGGUCGCCGACGACUGGGCUUUUGUCGCGUCUGGCCAGCAGAGAUGGAGAAGAGAUCUGUUGUUGCCCGCGGCUGCUGGAGCUGCUGUGGAGAUGGGAGAGGUUGCUGGUGGUGUUGAGGCGGAGAUAUCGCCGAGGAAGGCCGGUCUAUGGUUUUGGUGUUGCUUCUCUGUUACCGUCGGUGGAAGGGCUAAGGGAAAACUGAGAGAGGAGAUAAACAAUGGAGAGGGAAAAGGGAGGCUAGUUUGUCUGGGAGAGUGA